GGCGGCGAACGGGCUUCAGAUGCUUCUGGGUCGCGGUGGGGAAGCUCUUUAGUACCUGUGUGUGAGCGUGAGAGCGGAGCGUCAGAGCUACCCGGCGAGGGAUGGCGGUGACCGGGACCGCGGCCACGGGCAGGUUCCUGGUCCUGCUGCUGCUCGGGCUCACGGUACCCGCCGCGGCACUAGCCGGCUACAUCGAGGCUCUUGCAGCCAAUGCUGGAACAGGAUUUGCUGUUGCUGAGCCUCAGAUUGCAAUGUUUUGUGGGAAGUUAAAUAUGCAUGUGAACAUUCAGACUGGGAAAUGGGAACCUGACCCAACAGGCACGAAGAGCUGCUUUGGAACAAAAGAAGAAGUUCUUCAGUACUGUCAGGAGAUGUAUCCAGAGCUCCAGAUCAAUAAUGUGAUGGAAGCCAACCAGCCAGUCAGUGUGGAUAAUUGGUGUCGGAGGGACAAAAAGCAGUGCAAAAGCCACAUUGUGAUCCCUUUCAAGUGUCUUGUGGGCGAAUUUGUAAGUGACGUUCUGCUAGUUCCAGAAAAGUGCCAGUUUUUCCACAAAGAGCGGAUGGAGGUGUGCGAGAAUCAUCAGCAUUGGCACACAGUAGUCAAAGAGGCCUGUCUGACUCAGGGAAUGACCUUAUAUAGCUAUGGCAUGCUGCUCCCUUGCGGAGUAGAUCAGUUCCACGGCACCGAAUAUGUGUGCUGCCCUCAGACUAAGACCAUUGAAUCUACUGUGUCAAAAGAAGAGGAGGAAGAUGAGGAGGAGGAAGAUGAGGAGGAGGAAGAGGAAGACUACGACAUUUAUAAAAGUGAGUUUCCUACCGAAGCAGAUUUGGAAGACUUCACAGAAGCAGCUGUGGAGGAGGAUAAUGACGACGACGAGGAUAAUGACGACGACGACGAGGAUAAGGACGACGACGAAGGGGAGGAAGUGGUGGAAGAUCGAGAUUACUACUAUGACACCUUUAAAGGAGAUGACUACACCGAAGAGAACCCCACAGAGCCCAGCAGCGACGGGGCCAUUUCAGAAAAGGAAAUCACUCACGAUGUUAAAGCUGUCUGCUCCCAGGAGGCGAUGACGGGGCCCUGCCGGGCCGUGAUGCCCCGUUGGUACUUCGACCUCUCCAAGGGAAAAUGCGUGCGCUUUAUAUAUGGCGGCUGCGGAGGCAACAGGAACAAUUUUGAGUCUGAGGAUUAUUGUAUGGCUGUGUGUAAAACGAUGAUUCCCCCAACUCCUCUGCCAACCAAUGAUGUCGAUGUGUAUUUCGAGACCUCUGCAGACGAUAAUGAGCAUGCUCGCUUCCAGAAGGCUAAGGAGCAGCUAGAAAUUCGGCACCGCAACCGGAUGGACCGGGUAAAGAAGGAAUGGGAAGAGGCUGAGCUUCAGGCAAAGAACCUCCCUAAAGCAGAGAGGCAGACUCUGAUCCAGCACUUCCAAGCUAUGGUGAAAGCUUUAGAGAAGGAAGCAGCCAGCGAGAAGCAGCAGCUGGUGGAGACCCACUUGGCUCGAGUGGAAGCGAUGCUGAACGACCGCCGCCGAAUGGCUCUGGAGAACUACCUGGCCGCCUUGCAGUCUGACCCGCCACGGCCUCAUCGCAUCCUCCAGGCCUUGCGGCGUUACGUCCGUGCUGAGAACAAAGAUCGCCUGCAUACCAUCCGCCAUUACCAGCAUGUGUUGGCUGUCGACCCCGAAAAGGCGGCCCAGAUGAAAUCCCAGGUGAUGACUCAUCUCCACGUGAUUGAAGAAAGAAGGAACCAAAGCCUCUCUCUGCUCUACAAAGUACCUUAUGUAGCCCAAGAAAUCCAAGAGGAAAUUGAUGAGCUACUUCAAGAACAGCGUGCAGACAUGGACCAGUUCACGUCUUCUAUCUCAGAGACCCCCGUGGACGUCCGGGUGAGCUCUGAAGAGAGUGACGAGAUCCCGCCAUUCCACCCCUUCCAUCCCUUCCCGUCCUUACCUGAGAAUGAAGACACCCAGCCGGAGUUGUACCACCCAAUGAAAAAAGGCUCUGGAGUAGGAGAGCAGGAUGGAGGACUGAUUGGUGCUGAGGAGAAAGUGAUUAACAGUAAGAAUAAAGUGGAUGAAAAUAUGGUCAUUGAUGAGACGCUGGAUGUUAAGGAAAUGAUUUUCAAUUCUGAGCGAGUUGGAGGCCUCGAGGAAGAACCGGAAUCCGUGGCGCAGCUGAGGGAGGACUUCAGUCUGAGCAGCAGUGCCCUCAUUGGCCUGUUGGUCAUUGCGGUGGCCAUUGCUACGGUCAUAGUCAUCAGCCUGGUGAUGCUGAGGAAGAGACAGUACGGCACCAUCAGCCAUGGCAUCGUGGAGGUCGACCCAAUGCUCACCCCCGAAGAGCGUCACCUGAACAAGAUGCAGAACCAUGGUUAUGAAAACCCGACCUACAAAUACCUGGAGCAGAUGCAGGUUUAAGUGGGAGAAGGCAUGUGGCCCCCCCGUUGGAGCGCAAUGGUGCAGGUGGGCCAGAGAGGUCCAGCAUUUGGGAUCGACUACUGACCAACAAUUACUUCCAGAGGAUUUCAUCUUACAUUCAGACCUCCUGGAUCAUUAAGACUAUAAAGUACUACUGUAGAAUCACAAUUUCCAUUCUUUUAAAUGGGUGAAAAAAAUGUUAAUAUAACAAUAUAUGAUAUAUAAACCUUAAAUGAAAUGAGAAAAUGGUCUAUUGCAGAUGUUUGACUGUAGUUUUCUGUUUUUAAAUUAAUCAGGAAUCCCACUUCUAUUGUAUUGUUUCACACGUGCUCUCUAUAGACAUGGAAAAUGUUGAUUUUCAACGAUAGACUGUAUAUGCAGGUUGUUCGUUCCAGUUGCAUUGUAUAAAUCAACUCUUUAAGGCUCAUUCACUGUCCUGGUUUUUAUUUUUUUUAAAGGUCUUCCCUUUUAAAAUGGGCUUUCAGAAAGUUGCUGAGAAACUAAAUGAAAUAGGGAACUGUAAGACCAUUGAAGCACAUCUUGAUACCCUCUCCAAAUUAUUUUAAAGGACCGGUAUCUCUGGAGUCUGGUGUUCCACUGCUGGGUACCUUGGUGUCUCCACACAAGUCCCGUCACCAAGGAGGUUAAAAGCAUUUGAGUUCCAGCAUCUUUAAGCAAGCCUAAUGUAUACAAAGUAGGGCAUCCACUACUGCUUUCCUUCUAAAUCCAGUUCUUCCACAGAAAUUAGCCUGUAGUUUGUAUAUGAACUUCAUUGUCCACCGUUUAUUUACCGUAGCUUUUUACAGCUCACUUCCCUCCCAAGGAAUGUCCGAAUGUGCUGUCUUUCCCUCUUUGGACAUUUCCCUCUGAAGGCACUGAUUCUUGUCCCUCCCCCUUUGUACCUUGACUACUCUGCCCUCCCUCUCCCGUCACCAGCCUUGUUGGUGUUCGCUCAGAGAAGACUGUAGUUGCAGGUGGCCAGUGGCCGGGGAGAGACCAUGGGAGGUUUGCUUUCUGUGGAAGGAGAAUAUUCUCAGUUACACCUGAUAUGGUCAGUAGACACCAUGGGAAGUGGUGAAGAUUUUGUUUCCUUCACACGAGUCUCUGUAAUGCUUGUAUAGUUGGCAUUGAUGCUCACAGCUGUUUCUUAUUAUUCUGAAGGUUCUGGUAACCUGUGGUGUAUUUUUUUCUAUUUCCUUGUGACUUUUUUUUUUUCCUUCUCCCCUCCUUUCCCUUAUCCAUGUCUCUUCCCACUAUGCACAGAUAAACUUUACCUACAAACUCCUUAAUCUGAUCUGUGGAGAAUGUACAGAAUUUAAACACAUCAAUAAAUACUUUAACUUCCA